CCGACAUGAACAUGAUGCACCUAGGCAUGUAAUUACGAAGCCAUUCACAUCCAUCUCGACUCCCUCAACCUACAUCCAAGGAACGUUGAUCUCUCCCAAAAAUCAAGCAGCGAUUGCUCCUAUAAGCUUGUUUUCACCCAAGUCUUACACCGAAAGUACAAGUCACAUUGCACGCUAGCGUUUGCAGUCAUCUAGCUGUUUACACUCGCGACCUAGUCGACAAGAAGGUAGAGAGAGUGAUUGAAGACAAACAUGUCUUCAUCAGGGCAGACCGACGACAAAUUCGCCAUACAUGCAGCCGCGCGCGAGGGCAAAUUAUCCAUCUUCGAGUCUUUGCUAAAUGCCAACCCAAAAGUCUCACAGCGCAAAGACGAUGACGGUCGCUAUCCCAUCCACUGGGCUGCGUCCUCGAAUCAACACCAAAUGAUUCUCUUACUAUCGCAGCAGAAAUCUUUUGAUCCAGAUGUAGUGGAUGACAGUGGCUGGACACCCCUAAUGAUAGCAGCCAGUAUCAAAGACGGCGACGCCAUCGUCGACCUUCUCCUCUCACGAGACGCAGACGUAAACCAGACAAAUACCCAAGGCCAGAGUGCGCUCCACUUCGUUGCGUCCAAGAACAACCUCGAGGUGGCCCGCAAGCUCUUCGCCAACAAGCCGCCUGCCUCGGCUCGCGUCAAGGAUCGCCGCGGCCAGUACCCGCUGCAUCGAGCGGCGGCCGUAGGCUCCGAGCCCAUGGUCAGGCUGUUGCUCGAGCACAACAGCCCGAUUAACGCGUCCGACAUUGCUGGCUCUACGGCUUUGCACCACGCUGUCGCUGAAGGCCACGGACACGUCGCUAUCGCCCUUUUAAAGGCGGGCGCUGAGACAAAUAAGAGAGACUCGGACGGGUACCUCGCCCUGGAUCUCGCCCCUGACAAAGAGAUCCGGAAGUACAUUGAACGUGAGGCUGAAAAUGAAGGCAUCGAACUUUGAUCUUUUUGUUGGAUAGCCCUGAUCAAGCACGUGUCUAGGGGUAAGUGAUAAGUAAAAAUAUGGUUCCAUAACCAA